AUGGAUGGCGUCCAACACCUUGCAGUGGCCAACCACAACAUCGAUGCUACUCGCAAUGUAAACUCCAAGGUGUACAGAUGGAUCACCACCACCACCACCACGACCCGUACGGUCACAUUUACGUCGACCCGUACGGUCACAUCCACGUUUACGUCUAGCACGACCACGCGAAUCGAGCCUCUCUCGACGCUGGCAGCCACCGAGUUUGCAUUCGCUGAUGUCGGAGCUUGGUCUUUGGUUGCGCUCGGCGGCUAUUUGGCGGUCUUGUCACUGCUGGUCCUCAUGGCCAAGUUGUGGACAAAGGCAGGCCAACGCCGCCGACAACCUGCGGAGGCUCAGGCACUUGGCCAUGCCACGGAGUCGCUCCCGGAAUCGGUUGGACCAGUGCGACCAUCGCAAGCAGAGCAGCGCUUGGCGGAGACCCGGGAGAUGCCGUUGAAGCGCAAGCUGAAAAGGUCCCGACAGGUGUUCGCAGCGACGAUGUUCUUGGAGUCCGGAAACCUCGUGUCAACGAUGCUCUACGCUUUGGAGGCCUUUCAACGGGCCACGCUCGUGGACUUUUCGGUGGCAUGCGGCUCCGGCGUUCUGAUGCCGCUAACAAGCGCUCACUGCCCAAGCACGAGCGAGAUCCUUCAAUUGCCACUCUGCGAUUCGACGCUGAGUUUGAACACUCUGUGCGAAGCAGAUGCCGAGGUGCUCACUGGCAACUGUCAGGUGUUCAGCCCGCUGGACAACUGUGAACACUACGACGUCUACCGGAAGGAAGAGCCAGCCUGUGAAGCGAUUGGCUGUGCAGCGCUCUCCUACUUCUUGUGGAUGUCAGCUCUGAUAUGCUUCGGGGCUACGGUGGGAUGGACCAUAGUGUUCUACGCUCGUUGCCUGUGGCAGCGACAACCACAGAAAGCCUGGCACCUGCAGCAGCGUUUCGUUGUAUUCUUCAUCUUCCUCGGCUGCUUGAUUCUGGCAGCAUUACUUUCUGGUUUGAUGGCUGGCAACGCUGCGGUCCUCGCCAUGGCCUGCCUCUGCCCUCUAAUGCCGAUCUCGGCCUGGGCCUUGGUUCAGGGGAUCGCUUUCUUGCCGGUGACGGGAGAGGAG